AUGUCUGCUUUAUCUCCUCAAAAUCUCUCCAACAAUAUUAAUGGCACAAAUAACGUACCUGCAGGAAAGUGGCAGGGUGAUUUGUUGGUUAAACUAUUGGUGAGAGACAGAAGAGAAAAGGCCUUUACCGAUUUUGUUGAGUCUUAUAAUGCUCUUGUACAAAAACUUGGAAAGUUUGCAGACAGGAAUUCUGAAUUGGAAACACAAAAUGCUCAAAGAUUAUUAACUAUGAACGAUAGAUUACAAUCUAACGAAGAAGCUGUAAAAAAAUAUCAAGAAGAAGUACAAACAUUAACCGACCUAAAUCAAGUGUUAAAUGUUAAGGUUGAAGAUUAUGUACAAGUUACUCGUGAGAAGGAUUUAUUAAUUCAAGUUUUGCAUGAUGAAUUAGCAGCAUUACAAUUAGAAUUAAACAAAGUUGACGAACGAAUGAGAAGUCUGGAAAAUGAAAAUAGUCAAUUAUUGCAACGUUGGUUGAAAAAGAUGAAUGAAGAAGCUGAAACUAUUUUCUCAUUUCUUAAUAGUAUAAUAGCCGAAGCACAAUCUAAAGAUUUAGAAUUACCAAAUGAUAUUGUCGUAAUUGAAAAAGAUUAUUUUAGCAAUAAUCCUGUAUCGAAAUCUGGAAAAUUAGUUGAAAAUGAAGACAAUUCUCAAAGAACAAAAGGAAAAGCUACUGCUCAUGAUGGAGAAAUUUAUUCUAUCCAAGCAUCUCCAAAUGGAAAACUGUUUGCAACCGGAAGUGCAGACAAAACAAUAAAAGUAUAUGAUAUUACCACUGGCAACGUCAGGCAAACUCUAACAGGGUCUGCACAAUCCGUUACAUCUGUUUCAUUUAAUGAUACAUCUGAAAUGAUUGUUGGAGCGUCAAACGAUAAUUCAGCAAGAUUAUGGCUAUUAAGAACUGGUAGGACCAGACUCACUUUAACUGGGCACAUUGGUAAAGUGUAUUCUGCCAAAUUCAAUUGUGAUUCAACAAGAAUUACUGGCAGUCAUGAUAGGACUAUAAAAAUUUGGGAUAUACAAAAGGGUUAUAGUAACGGUCAUAUGGAUAACAAUUUAAGAUUUUGGGAUUCAAGGUCUGGUAAAGAUAUUAAAGAAAUAACCGAUAUUCAUAUGGGACAAAUCACAUCUGUCUCAGUUUCUCCUGUGAUAACGAAUACAAAUCCUCAUCUAAUUGGUCAAGGGCAUGUUUUAGUAGCUGGAUCAAUAGGAAUAUUUUAUUGGAACACUUAUAAAUCACAAUUAGAACAAAAUAUAAAGGAGCAUAUAGUGCCAGUGUAUGGUGUAUCAUGGAACCCAUUGGGUGGGCAAGUUUAUAGUGCUGAUAAAGAAAGAAUAGUUUGUAUUUGGUCAAAUGGUUUUCUUUGA